UCUGCAUUGGCGGCUUUCGGCCGCGCUUUAAAAAAAUAACCCUGGUCUGACCAACACUUAUGCGUUGACCUUCUUUUUGUGUUGACGGCCUUCAGCGGCGCUUCAAGAAAAAGAAAAAAAAAACAAAAACAAAACAACUCUGGCCGACCAAAACCGGGAUUCAUAAAAAAAAGAGAAUUAUACUCGUUACUCAGCCCACGAUAAUGAAUUUUGUAUUGACAAAAUAAUAUUUCUUUUUAAUUUAUUUUAUUCGUUUACAAAGUAUGGUAACAUUUAGUUUUUGGUGGCUUGCACCCAUUUUUUUAUUGUAUGAAUAAAGGAUUUUGACGAAAGUUUAAUAUCGAGUUAAAGAGAUUUAUGCACUAUUUAAUAAAAAACAAAUGUGUGCAACCGAAUUAGUGAGGUGUUAGUGGAUAUAAAAGUUAAAAAUAUAUGUAUAACAAGUGAGGAAGGGCUAAAAUCGGGUGCAACCCAACUUUUUAUACUCUUGCAACUUGCAAGAAUCAAAGCCUGGAAAAUACUUUAUGAUGUAAAACUAAUCAUAUAGACUAAAGUCAGCCGGAUGUUCCAAAAUCCUGAUAUUAGUUAUAUAGGUGCUAUGACAAGUUAUCCUUAAAAUUUAUCUAUUUUUGGCACAAAGAUACUCUGAUAUGAAUAAAACACUCUCUCUUAUUUCCAUUGUGAUAACUCACAUAUUAGCCGAUAUAUGCGAAACAAAGCUACCCCGAAGUUCGAAAAUUUUUAUAUUAAAUAUUUAGGGGCUAAGUGAAGUAUUGGUUCGAUCCAACCAAUUUUUGACAAAUCGGUCGGUCAGGUCCCGAUAUAUGGAAUUUCACCAAAAAGUGGGCGGUGCCGCGCCCAUUGUCCAAAUUCCACUCGUGCUGUUAUAAAGCCUUCUCAUAUCCUUUCGGAGGUAAAAUUUGGUGUCUCUGGCAUAUUAAGUUAUUGAUUUAUUGCGCUUUUAGUAGUUUUUAACGGUACCGUUAUAUGUGGAGUGAGUGGGGUUAUUCUCUGAUUUCAUCCAUUUUCACACUGUGGGUAGAAGUUCUUGUAAGAUUUUUAUAGAAACGCCAAUAUUUCGCUUGUUUAUGCAAAUAAGUUAAUGAAACGUGUUUUUAUUGUUAGAAACAAAGGUAUAUGAAAAUCAAAUAAAUUUUUAAUUACGAACUGCUCAAAUGGGUGAAAUUCUUCGCUGUCUUUUUGACUGGGCGUAGACGUUGUUGUCCGCAUCUUCAUCAUUGUCGGAGUCCGUAUCAGCUUCGGCAUUAUAUUUCGCAAAAUAGUGCUUUCCACACGCCCUUAUGUAGUGUUUGGAGAAUGGAAUAAGGCAAUGGUCACAAACUGCUGUUGUUUUAUUCAGCCCUAUUCUGCAUUUCUACUCGAAUCGAAAUUUUCUCCGAUUGGCAACUUUGGUAUUCUGCGUUUCGAUUCAACUUCGAAAAUUCCAAUUCUAUGUAUUCUGCAUUGCGAUCGUAAUUACGUUUUUGUACGUUGAAGUUUUGUUGGCGGAAAGCCGUUAUAUAUUCAUUUUCGUGCACUUGGAUAAAAUAAUUUCCUCAAAUAUGUCAAAAGUAACAACGGCAGAGCAAUACGAAAAAUUGUGUGAUAUGAUGGCCACGAAAAGAGAUAUUGCGCAGGGCUUCCAAAAGCGACCGAAGGAAGAAGUACAGGAGUUUUGGGAGGAGGUUGCAAGGAAUUUAAAUGCACUUGGCCCACCAACAAAAGAUUCCAAUACAUGGAGAAAGGUCUGGAUUGACUGGAAAUGCUACAUGAAGCGAAAAUUAUCGCAUAACAAAAAAGAAAGGAUGAGCACCGGUGGAGGUCCUUGCCGUUUACAACGCAUAAGCCCUCUUGAUGAAAAGGUGAUAGCUUUGACGGGUUUGGAAACGGAUGAUAUCCCUUCAACCAGUAGAGCUAGCAGCCAAAAUAGAGAGGCGAGAGCAGACAAGCAGAGCACUUCUUCAUUACUUAAGCAACAGAUACAAAUCAAAAAGAAUUUUAUGCAGAGACGAAAAAUUCAAUGAAGCUGCCUUUGGUAAAAUGGAAGAAGUUACUUCAUAUUUACGACACAUGAAUCGUUCUCUAGAAACUUUGGCGGAGACUGCAGUGAAGCAACCUGAAGAACAGAAGCGACACAAUAGAAUUAAGGAAGAGCUGGUGAAGGAAAAAGUAGAAAUAAAAAUGCAAAUGC